AUGCCUACCGUACGGAAUCCCAUCCUCCCCGGCUUCAACCCGGACCCCUCCAUCGUGAGGGUCGGAGACAACUACUACAUCGCGACCUCAACCUUUGAGUGGUUCCCCGGCGUGCAGAUUCACCACUCCAAAGACCUCGCAAACUGGACGCUCGCCACGCGCCCUCUGACCAGGAAAUCCCAGCUCGACAUGCGCGGCGACCCGGACAGCUGCGGCGUCUGGGCGCCCUGCCUCUCCCACGACGGCGACAAGUUCUGGCUCGUCUACACCGACGUCAAGCGCAAGGACGGCUCCUACAAGGACACCCACAACUACAUCGUCACCGCGCCCGCCAUCGAGGGCCCCUGGUCCGAUCCGUACUACAUCAACUCCUCCGGCUUCGACCCGUCUCUCUUCCACGACGACGACGGCCGCAAGUGGUUCGUCAACAUGAUGUGGGACCACCGCCGCCGCCCCCACGCCUUCACCGGCAUCGUGCUCCAGGAGUUUGACCCCAAGCAGGGCAAGCUCGUCGGGCCCAAGAAGAACAUCUUCCGCGGCACCGAGCUGGCCCUCGUUGAAGGCCCCCAUCUGUACAAGCGCAACGGCUGGUACUACCUCCUCACCGCCGAGGGCGGCACCGCCUACGAGCACGCUUGCACCCUCGCCCGCUCCCGCGACAUCUGGGGCCCGUACGAGCUGCACCCGCAAAAGUACGUCAUCACCUCUAAAGACUCCCCCUUCGCCGCCCUGCAGCGCGCAGGCCACGGCGACAUCGUCGACACCCCCGAGGGCAAGACGUACAUGGUCCACCUCAGCGGCCGUCCGACGACGCAAAAGCGGCGCUGCGUGCUCGGCCGCGAGACGGCCCUGCAAGAAGCAUACUGGGCCGACGACGACUGGCUAUACGUCAAGAACGGGCCCGUCCCUUCGUUGCACGUUGAGGUCCCCGGAACCCCCGACGAGACAGCCUACUGGGCCGAGAAGAAGUACACCUUCGAGAACGGCCUGCCGCAGGAUUUCCAAUGGCUCAGAACACCCGAGCCCGAGCGCAUAUUCCGCACCGAAGGCGGCAAGCUCACCCUCAUCGGGCGGGAGUCCGUCGGCUCCUGGUUCGAGCAGGCCCUCGUCGCCCGGCGGCAGACGCACUUCUCCUACGACGCCGAGACCGUCGUCGCCUUCUCCCCCACCGACGAGCGCGAGUUCGCCGGCCUGACGGCCUACUACUGCCGCUACAACUUCUUCUACCUGACCGUGACGGCGCACUCGGACGGCAAGCGCGAGCUGCUCAUCCAGAGCUCCGAGGCGUCGUGGCCCGACGGCAACCUCACGGAGCCGUUCGUGGACCCCGUGCCGCUGCCGGACGCGGGCAAGGUGAAGCUCGCGCUGACGAUCCGCGGGCCGGCGCUGCAGUUCUACUAUGCGCUCGAGGGUGAGGAGUUGAAGAAGAUCGGGCCGGUGUUUGACGCGUCGCUAAUCUCGGAUGAGUGCGGCGGACACCAGGCGCACGGCAGCUUUACGGGUGCGUUUGUGGGCGUGGCGGCGUCGGAUUGCAACGGGACUGCGCGGGAGGCUACGUUUGAUUACUUUGUGUACCGCCCUGUUCAUGAUGAAACUGACCGCUAUGAGAUUUGA